AUGGAAAACGAGAAAAAAAUAUCAAAGGAAAACGAGAAAAAUCCGCCAAGAGCGACGGAGCAAGAAGAGAAAGAAAGGAAAGACGACAUUUCUAACAUCAAGGGCCCUUACUUGGACUAUGAUGACUUGGAAGAUCUCCAAAUGAGGGCCAAAGACCCUCAAGAACCUAAGCCCGUUCUCAGAGGUGGAUCCGCCGAUGCCCCCACUCCUUCAGGCGGCGUUGGACGUGGCGGAGGAGCUGCAUCGUCGGAUCUUUCCUCCACUGGUGCUAUUAACCGUCAGGGAGUUCCGUGA